UGACCGAGUCGAUAACUGGUAGCUAUUGUUCUAAAUGAAUCACCAGUAGCUAAGAACCUAUGAAAAUAGAAACAUUGUAUUUUCACUUUUUUUUAUUGGCUGUUCGUAAAAAAUCAUGGACGAGUCUGCGAGAUUCUUUUAGAAGAGCUUUGAAGAAAAAACGUGAUACAAAAAGCGGACAGGUUGCUUCAAAAAUAAAAAAAUGGAGAUUUGAAGAUGAAACAUCGUUUUUAUCACCUUUCGUGCAAGAAAGGGACACAUAUAGUAAUUUAAAAAAUAUUAGUGAUGAUGACAAUGAGGGUGAACCGAAUGAACACGAAUAUGAUGAUAAGAACAAUGACAAAAGAAACGAUCAAAACGAUAAUAGAAGAGAUGAUCAAAAUAACAAUAUAGGAUAUAAUCUGAAUGAGGAUGAUGAGAAAAAUGAUGAUUUGGAUGAAGAGAUAAAUAUUAAGGAUGAAAAAAAGAAAAAAGAAAAAAAUGUCAACUAGAUAAGAGAAAGAAAUUUCAACCACCAGAAACGGAUAUCAGCAGUAAUGAUGAAAUAUCUAUUAGGAAAAAAAAGUGCUAAAGAGCCCAAUGCAAUAGAUACAUUUUUUUCGAGUAUUGCAUCAACUGUAACAAAUUUUUCGCCCUAUUACCAAAAUAUAGCCAAAUUACAAAUAUGCAAGAACAAUCAUUUCAUCAACCUAAAACACCCACAAAACAUUCUUCACAACAGCAACCAUAUUAUACUGGACCAUCAACGUCAUCAUCACUAUCGUCAUCAACCAUACAACUCAAACAUACAAACUCAACUCCACCUUCAAUAAUUCCAUCGCCAUCAUGUUAUGAUUUUCCGCAUUCAUAUGACAA